AUGCUUGGAAACUCCCAGGACAAGCUGUGCCACAGCCCGGCCCAGAAAUACCCGCGUGCGUCCCGCGCUGCUCGUGUGCGAGCUGAGCCGGGAUACCGCUGGAAUACCCCCGGCGUGCUCCUAGUCCUAUCUAUAAACGCUCUAACUGAGCAACUUGCAUUUCCUCCGGCAGCGCAAACGCUUUCGCCCUGCUACUCGGCGAGCCUCAGCCCCACGUCGGCGCGGCUCGUGUCGGCCGUGGGCUGCGUGGUGCUGCUGGCGGCGCCGGCGCUCAACGCCAGCACCAUCGUGUUCUGGGAGCGCAAGGCGGGCGCCCGCCACGAGGUCAUCCUGAGCUACUACCUCAGCAAGCCCGUGAACACGGCCUCGGCCUACAGGAACCGCACGCGGUUCAACGAGAGCGACUUCUCGCUGCGCAUGGUGCUGCGGCGGGAGGACAGCGGYGCGUACCGCUUCCGCACGGCCUCGCAGGAGACCGACUGGCUCCACGUGGAGGUCAUCGAACCACUGCCUGUGCCAGAAAUCAUGGGCAACAGCUCGGUGAGAGCAGGUGACGACGCUAAACUGGUCUGCAACAUCUCAGAAGGCAUUGCGGACUCCUACUGGUGGAGGAAGAAYGGGGUGCUGAUGAUUGCAAGUGACCAUAUCCAGUUUGUUCAUAACAACACGUUGCACAUCAUCGAAGUGACGAUGAACGACAGCGGCUACUACACUUGCGUGGUCCGCAACAAAGUGAGCGAGAAUGAAGCCUCCUUCCUGCUUCAUGUUCAGCAUGAUGCAAACGUGGUUUUACCUGUGAUGAUGGCAUGUGUUAUUGUUGGCUUUCUGAUAGGUGUUUUCCUGUGGUGUAGGAGGAGGGGACGCUUUUAUCGCUGUGUCCGUAGGUGGAAGGCCUGAGGACUGCACCUUGCUCCGUUCCUCUCGUGUAGGUGAUGGAUGAUGCCCAGGGAGCACUGGACACCUGCCAACAUGCRCAGUGGUCUCAUGCUGUCCCAGUCCCUUUUGGGCUUGCUUAUUAAUUGUUCAAGCUGCUAAAACCCACCGAUAUUUGCAGGACUUGUUUUACUGGACUGGCUUGGAUUCURCCUGCAUGGUCCUAUUCUUCCCAAGGCUCCUUGCACCUCUUUGGGGCAGUUGGAGCAUGGCUUUCUCCAGAGGCUGCRAGGACACUUGGAAGAAGGGCUGAUGGUUGUGGAUAGAUGGAGGAUCCCAGCUGGACAAACACGUGGCUCUGGAAGCUGCUGGGAAGUGUUCCCUGGUGCUCUGCUAUCCCUGACAGGAGACUCAAGGGGACUUGAGCUGCCUCACUGUGGCUUCAAUAUGUCC